AUGUCUUUGAAGCGUAUUACAAAGGAACUCAACGAUCUAGGAAGAGACCCACCAACUUCUUGCUCCGCUGGUCCAGUCGGUGAUGACUUGUACCACUGGCAGGCGUCCAUAAUGGGACCUGGCGACUCGCCCUACGCUGGUGGUGUUUUCUUCUUGUCGAUCCAUUUUCCAACCGACUACCCAUUUAAGCCACCCAAGAUAUCAUUCACGACCAAGAUAUAUCACCCCAACAUCAACGCCAACGGUAACAUUUGUCUCGAUAUCUUGAAGGACCAAUGGUCGCCAGCUUUGACCAUUUCCAAGGUUUUGCUGUCGAUUUGCUCGUUGCUCACCGACGCCAACCCAGAUGACCCAUUGGUUCCAGAAAUCGCUCACAUUUACAAGACCGAUAGAGCCAAAUACGAGGCUACCGCAAAGGAGUGGACGAAAAAAUAUGCUGUUUGA